AUGGCGCUGAAUCACGCAUCACACAACCCGACGGGCGAGCGCACAGGUCCCGCCACAGGCAACUCUGCGCCUGGCAAGGACGGAGGAGAUGCCGAUGCCCCAAAGAAAGAGAAGAAAAGCUCCCGCCACGAUGAAUACCACAAGGCUUACAUCCCGUCUGUCGUCGAGAGCGCGUGGUACGACUGGUGGGAGAAGUCGGGCUUCCACAAGCCGCAGUUCAAGGAGAACGGCGACGUUAAGGAUGCUGGGUACUUUGUCAUCCCCAUUCCACCUCCCAAUGUCACAGGCGCUCUCCACAUCGGACACGCGCUAGCUACUUCACUUCAGGACGCCCUGAUCAGAUGGAAUCGCAUGAAGGGCUUGACUGCACUGUAUGUCCCCGGAUGCGAUCACGCCGGUAUCUCUACACAAAGCGUGGUUGAGAACAUGCUUUACAACAGACGAAAUGGUACCACGAGACAUGAUCUGGGCAGAGAAAAGUUCGUCGAGACCGUAUGGGAGUGGAAGGAAGAGUACCACGAGAAAAUCAACAAGGUUAUGAAGCGACUGGGCGGCUCUAUGGACUGGGAUAGAGAGGCCUUCACCAUGGACGAGAACCUGUCGGCUGCUGUUCGUAAGACGUUCAUUCAGUUACACGAUGAGGGUCUCAUCUACCGUGCCAAUCGCCUUGUGAACUGGUGUUGCAAGAUGAACACAGCUCUCUCAAAUCUCGAGGUUGAUCAAAAGGAGCUCGAGGGCUCGACCAAAAUUGACGUUCCUGGUUAUGAUAAGAAGAUCGAGUUUGGCUCUAUUUGGAACUUCAAGUAUCCUAUUGAUGGCACGAAUGAGUUCAUCGAGGUCGCCACGACACGUCCUGAGACCAUGCUCGGAGAUAGUGGUGUCGCUGUGCACCCAACUGACGAGCGGUACAAACACUUGAUCGGCAAGUUCGUCAAGCAUCCGUUCGUGGACCGCAAGCUACCCAUCUUUGGUGAUGAGACCGUCGAGAAGGACUUUGGUACUGGUGCCGUCAAGAUCACACCUGCACACGACUUCAACGAUUUCAAGCGUGGUAAGGAACACAAUCUAGAAUUCAUCAACAUUCUCAACGACGAUGGCACUAUGAACUCCAAUGCCGGCUCAUAUGCGGGCAAGAAGCGCUUUGACGUUCGAUACGAGAUCAUCAGCGAGCUUGAGAAGCUCGGUCUCUACGUUGGCAAGUCGGACAACAAGAUGCAAAUUCCACUCUGCAGCAAGUCCAAGGACGUCAUUGAGCCUGUCAUGAAGCCUCAAUGGUGGAUGCACAUGAAGCCACUUGCGGAUCCUGCUAUUGAAGCAGUCAGGAGUGGCGAGAUCAAGCUCAGGCCUGCUCAGUCCGAAGCGACUUACUACCGAUGGAUGGAGGGCAUCGAUGACUGGUGCUUAUCACGUCAACUCUGGUGGGGACACCAGGUUCCGGCAUAUUACGUCAAGCUUGAGGACGGUCCUGAAUACGAUACAGAUGCGAGUUACUGGGUGUGUGAUGAGACAGAAGCAGGAGCACGCCAGAAGGCCGAAGCCAAGUUUCCAGGCAAGAGCUUUACGCUCGAGCGUGACCCAGAUUGUCUCGACACAUGGUUCUCAUCCGGCCUCUGGCCAUUCUCGACGCUCGGCUGGCCAAAUCUGGACAGCAAUGACUAUCAGAAGCUCUACCCAACCUCGUUCCUCGAGACGGGUUGGGACAUUCUGUUCUUUUGGGUCGCUCGUAUGAUUAUGUUCGGCAUCAAGCUGACAGGAAAGGCGCCGUUCAAAGAGGUCUACAAUCACUCCCUUAUCCGCGAUUCGGAAGGACGAAAGAUGUCCAAGUCAUUGGGGAACGUCAUCGAUCCAGUCGAUAUCAUGGACGGUAUCUCUCUCACAGCUUUGACUGACAAGCUGAAGACCGGCAACCUUGCUCCAAAGGAGAUUGAUCGGGCAUCCAAGUGGCAGAAGUCAGCAUUCCCAGACGGCAUCGAUGAAUGCGGUGCCGAUGCGCUGCGCUUCUCAUUGAUCAACUACACAACCGGCGGCGGUGAUAUCAGCUUCGACGUUAAAGUCAUGCGCAGCUACCGCAACUUCUGCAAUAAGAUCUACCAGGCCACCAAGUUCGUCCUGGGCAAUCUGCCAAAGGACUUCACACCCAAGACAAAGGGCGGUAAGACCGGAAAAGAGAGUUUGCCGGAGCGAUGGAUUCUGCACAAGCUCACAAUCGCGGCGCGUGAUGUCAACAAUGCCCUCGAGGCUCGCGAGUUCUCGAAGGCCACACAAGCAUUGCACGGGUACUGGCUCUAUGACUUGUGCGACGUUUACAUUGAGAACAGCAAGGGCAUCAUCAGAGAUGGCUCGCCUACGGAGCAAGAAAGUGCCAUCGACACCCUAUACACGGCUCUCGAAGGCGGUCUACUCCUGAUGCAUCCCAUCAUGCCGUUCCUGACAGAAGAGCUAUGGCAGCGUCUGCCACGUCGACCAGAGGACAAGACUCCUUCUGUUGUCGUCGCCUCGUACCCACAGUAUGACUCAGCGCUUGAUGACCUCAAAUCCGAGCGCGACUACGAGCUUCUUCUGGGCUGCUCCAAGGGUGUUCGUUCUUUGCUGAACGAGUACGCUAUCAAGGAAGACGGCGCUGCCUUUGUUCGACCACUCAACGACGAAGCGGCCUCGACUGCUUCGGCGCAGCAGAGUUCGAUCAAGACUCUGUCUGGUAAGUACCUCAAGAACCUCACUGUCCUCAAGGUUGGAGAGUCUGCUCCCGCUGGAACUGCCGUCUAUCCUGUCUCCGCUGCUGCUGCUGUCUAUGUGCAGCUCAAGGGCCAGAUUGACCCAGACACUGAGAUUAAGAAGACGCAACCCAAGAUGCAGAAGGCCAGCGAAGCUGUCAAGGAGCAAGAAAGGUUGAUUGGCACUUUGUCAGAUGGCGUUAGCAAAGAUGUUCGCAGCAAGGAGGAAGAGCGACUCAAGGAUGCCGAAAGUGAGCUGCGGCUGUAUGAGGAGAGUCUGGCCUCGUUCCAGAAACUGAAGUUGUAA